UUAGGCUACAACAGAGGGUCUCACCUCUUAAAAAGACAAGGGUUUGACCCAAUUAAGACCUUCUUUCAUAUUUUUUUAGAAAAAAAAAACAAAUUUCUUAGAAAAACGUUAAAUUUUUAUAAAUCUUUAAAUGGGAGGAACUAAGCUGGUAUAUUUGUCCCUGUUACUAUUUUCCACAUUUUUGGCAAUAAAUGGUCACAUUGGUGAUUUUGAUGAGGUGUGGAGGAGAAGAGCCCAGGAAGCAGAUGAAUGGGCCAUAAAAGCCUAUAAGCCCGACCCGAUCAAUGUCACCCUUGCAUUUGCUAAACAAACUGCGGAGGCCAUGAAGGAAUUAAAGGAAGCGAAGCUGGUAACAAAUGGAACAAGGAGGGAAUUAAGAGGAGGCAAAAAAUACAACGGGCCUUGCUUAGUGACCAACCCAAUUGAUAGGUGCUGGAGAUGCCAACCUAAUUGGGCCGACAAUCGGAAAAGGUUAGCUGAUUGUGCAAUGGGCUUUGCAAAAGGGACCACCGGCGGAAAAGCCGGCAAUAUCUACGUCGUCACGGAUUCUUCCGACGACACUAGCAACCCUAAGCCGGGAACCCUCCGUUACGGUGUCAUUCAAAAGGAGCCAUUGUGGAUCAUAUUUGCUAAAAGCAUGACCAUUAGGCUACACCAGGAGCUCAUUGUGCAAAGCGAUAAGACCAUUGAUGGCCGUGGAGUUAACGUUCACAUCGCAAAUGGAGCAGGUAUCAUGCUCCAGUACGUGAAGAACGUGAUCAUCCACAGUCUCCGCAUUCACGACAUCGUGAUGGGCAGUGGUGGGAUGAUCAGAGACGCGGUGGACCACAUCGGACAACGGACACAGAGCGAUGGAGAUGGUAUUUCAAUAUUUGGUUCGUCGAAUAUAUGGGUGGAUCAUGUGUCAAUGUGGAGUUGUUAUGACGGACUUGUUGAUGCUGUGGAGGGAUCCACUGCUGUUACCAUAUCGAACAGCCAUUUCACUGAUCAUAAUGAGGUGAUGCUUUUUGGUGCGAGUGAUAGUUCUUCAAUUGAUCAAAGGAUGCAAAUUACUGUGGCUUAUAAUCAUUUUGGAAAGAGAUUGAUACAGAGAAUGCCAAGGUGCAGAUGGGGUUUUAUUCAUGUUGUUAACAAUGACUACACACAUUGGAAUAUGUAUGCAAUUGGUGGUAGCCAACAUCCCACUAUUAUUAGCCAGGGUAAUCGUUUCAUUGCUCCUCCUGACAUGUUCAAGAAAGAGGUAACAAAGAGGGACUAUUCCCCAGAAUCAGUGUGGAAGCAAUGGUCAUGGAGAUCACAAGGCGAUCUAUUCAUGAAUGGAGCAUUCUUUGUUGAAUCUGGAGAUCCAGAUUGGACCAAGAAACAUAUUGAACUUUUUGAUGGGGUUGCAUCAGCCUCAGGGGAUCAAGUCACUUGGAUUACAAGAUUUUCAGGGGCACUAAAUUGCAAGCCAGGACAAGCUUGUUAGACAGUUAAUUGUCCUAUGCAUAUUAUCACCUAAGCAAAUCAUUAACAUCAUAUAUGGUCCUUAAAUUUACUCUCUUUACAUUUAUUGUAUCAAAAUUCUUUGUAAUUUUGAACCGUUAAGGACUACAAAAGCAAAACGAAAUUAAAAAAUGGCGAAUUCAUACCAAGCU